GCACACGGUCAACGGCUCCCUCCAUCAUGAAGCUGGCGGUUACUCUGCUCAUCACUGUUGUACUUUGCAGCUCCCUCGGUGCCGGCUCGGCUCAUGAGGUUGUCCCGGGCUUUCUCCAGACUCUUCUUGAAGGCUCUCUUGAACAGCUGUAUGCCGGGCCAAUUUCUCAGUACAAAAUCGAUGAUUUGACCAAAGCUGCUCUGACUGCGUUGAAGAAAUGCAUUGACGAGCUUUCUCCCGAGCAUGUAAAGGCCCUGGUCAACCUUCUGAAACUUGUUCGGACAGAGGCUUAAAGGGGCAAAAUAUUCCUCGGGGUUUUUGCAGUUUCACCCAGUCACUGACAACGCUUCACCCCGACUUCCAGCUGCUGGGAUACAAAACCUCUGGGAAAACGGCCACCACAAAACCCAGAGCAACCCAGGACACCGGUAGCUGCUCUCCCGGACUCGACGUGCUGAAUCCUGCACCGUGUCGCCUUCCCGGGUGUUUCAGAUUGCAUUUCUCAGGAGGUCAAAUCUAAGCUUUACAGAAAAUUCGGAUGAUGUUUGAAAAUGAUCUCUGUCACCCGUUUUUAUAAAUAAAGGUCUUGGUUGUCCUUUUU